CUGAAAGCGGGUGGAAGACCGGUACUUGAAGUCCUUCAGAAGCUCUUUAAUUCCGUCCUCCAUGGUGGCAUUACACCGGAGGCAAUUACUGUAUCCUCCCCCUCUCUUCCGAGCUCGAAUAGUCCUAUGAUAUUCCAGCGCAACUUGUCUAUCUCUUCUUCCAGCUCCAGGAUCUUCUCGUCAGUCGUUAGGGUGCGUCCGUUUUAA